AUGAAUGGGGAGGAGGCGCUUUGCACAGUGGUGGUUAUUGCCAUGCCCUGCCAGGUCGAAGGGGGCAAGAAGGUCGAGGAACAAAGUGACGAGAAAGAUAUGGGCAUGUCCUACGCCGCGUGGAUGCAAACAGCGCAGACGCUGCCUGUGGAGAAGUGCGGCCCGCUCUCCACGUUCUUAAAGCUGCGUCAGCUGUGGUCCCACAAGACGGCGGAUUGGACGGGCCCGCAGGACAAUGACCGUGCCAUCACACCCUCUAUCAGGGUCAAAGAUCAGCCCAAGACCUUCGACGAGAAGGUUGCGCAGAAGGUCAAGGACUUCUAUUUUUACAAUGCGAUCAAUAGACACAAGAUGACCACGCUGACACCUUCCUACCAUGCGGAGAACUACUCUCCUGAUGAUAAUCGAUUUGAUUUGCGCCCUUUCCUUUUCCCAGCGACCUUCGAAGCGCAGUUCGAGGCGAUCGAUGAAGUAGUGAAAGCUUGUGCCCCUUUGUCGGCCCGAGGCUGCAGCGCGCCCGUCGCUUAUGCUGUGCGUUCAGCAUGUACUCAUCGAACGCCUGCACCGGUGGUGGUGCGGCAGCAGACGAUGCCUGUGCCUGUGGCGACGCGGUGUGUCCCGAGAGCAGCACCGGCAACAACAGGCUCGCAUGAAUUGAAGCUCUGGGGGACUUCUCUCAGCAAAGAGUUGGACUCUCGCUAUCCGGUAACCUUGCUUGUGAACGACAUCGUGUCGGAGCUUCUCGAUGCACCUCCCCAGCCUCUGACAGCCCCAGAGCUCAGGAAAGACCUGAAGCCGCGGCUGGUGACCGUGAUUCUGGAUUCGAUUGCCGCCGAAGGCUCUACGCAGGCUGGCAGAGUACCCGCCAGCGAGCGGGCGAUGCUAGCUGUUGCUUUCCACAACUCCGAGGCCUGGCAGCAAGUCUGUGGAGCAGCCAGGCGCCAGUGUUCGGCCAGUGGUGUUCCUCACUACUUGGCAGCACGGAUCCUCGAAUCGCUCAGAGCGUUCUUAGGCUUGCCCAAGCUUUCGGAGGACUGCGACAGCGACGGCUGGGCGCCUCCGCCGGAGCAGCCUUUGCAUCCUAUUGACGACGUGCCCCCGCUGUUGUCAACACGUGGUCGCUGGCAGGAGGAGCAGCUCCCUGCAGCCUUCCUUCAACUCAACGGAAGCCUCCAGGAGCCGACAACGCUUCUGGAGCAGUCAGAAUCAGGGCCUGUUUCGUCAGGUUCUCUGGACUGGAUGCAGCACACGGGCUGCGGAGAGCUGGAGCACCUCCACCGAAGCACCUUGUCAGAUCGGCCUGUGAAAGCAGUCGGUCGCAGUGUCAGUGACGGUCAGCUGCCGUUGAAUGCUCCAGUGCCCUACCGAGGCCCGGCGUACGCGCUCGCAGCAGUGACUCCCCGAGGUAGGUACAGGGCCAUGGGGGAGCGCAGGAAGCAGAACCUUGUUGUUAGCCAUCUAACUGCUCGCGUUGACGUGAUGGAGCGGGUGUCCAGCUGGGCAGCGGGCGUGACAGAGGCUCUGGCUGAGAAGGACUAUGCGGUCUCCGUUUGGGCCAAUUUUGCGAAUUUCAUGGAUUCCUUAGACCAAGGUCUUGUAGCACUGACAGCGCUGGUGCUGGGUGCAAGCUUCGUUGCACGUGGCUUUGCCAUCAUGAAGCCCUUGGCUGUUCUUGGCUUCUCUGGGGGCCUUGCUGCACACACGUGUCUCGUGGCUCUGCACGAAGGACAAGGCAUUGCAGGCGCCGUGUCGGCCACCGUGGUUGGCAUCUGUGGCGUGGUUUUCGCGCAUCGUGUUUACCCGCUCUUUGUCUUCUUCCUGGGAUGCUUGCUCGGAGGAGGUGCCGCCUUCCUCAGCCGCGAGUCCCUGGGCUUGGCCGGCGCACCAGCCGCACUCCUCGGCCUUGUGGCGCUUGUCGCGGCCUUCACCGGCUUGGUCAUGAAACACUUCCGAAUCUUCAGCUGGCGCUUGCUCACUCCUCUGGCGGGCGGAGCAAUGGCAGCGGCCAGCAUGCGGUUCUGGGUGGUCUCCACAUUUGCAAACGGGACUGGCGCCCACUGGCUGGACUUUACGAAGGUCUCCAUCAACCCAGCUGACGUUGUGUCUGACCCUCUCGAAGUUUUUUUUGUGAUUGCCUGGGGUAUCGCUGCUUGCUUGGGAUGGUAUGCGCAGCUAAUUGCCGUUGCUGCCAGUGCAGACCCACUGGCGUUGCCCGACAGUGUGGCCUUCCGCUUGCAACAGUUGGAAAAAUUCUGCCCCUGGGUCUUCGACGAGGGUGAGGAGUUCUCCAGCAAGAUCCUUCCCCGAAGGCUCGCGCAGGAAAGCAUGCCAUUCCUGCCAAAGGAGGACGUCGAGAUGGAUGAUUUGGCCAAGAAACCCAAUUACAAGCCGGAAGCUGUGCUGGCUUCCAUGGUGUUCAGCGUGCUGCUGCUCAACUUUUUCAUGCUCGGCAAGCCGCUUCUGUUCUUGGGUCACGUGGUUCUCAUGGCUGCCGCGUUCCAGGCUUUUUUGACGGCCGGUCUUAUGAGUUAUGCGUCGCCCAAUCGGCUUCUGCCCGGCCUUUCGGGAUCAAACUCACCCCUCCUGCGCCACUUCACGCACGCGACCUUCAACAUCUUGGUGCUCUUCUGCGCGAUCGUGGGCUUCCUGUGCAUGUACGCGAGCCGCUUCCUGGCGCACAAGUCUCAAGUUGACGCGGGCUCUUGGACAGGGACUCUGCACGUGUGGACGGGAUACGUGACACUGGCACUGCUCUUUGUGAUGGCAUUCUCGGGAGCUGUGAAGAUGAUUGCAGGCCUUACUUCCGGGAAUGCCGAUGACGUGGCGAAAUUCCACUCACACCUGGGAAAAAGCCUCUAUGGCUUUGCAGGGAUCUGCCAGCUGCUGGGCUAUUUUAUGCCGAAUCUGCUGCCGCUGUGGGGGUCUGUUCUUCUCAGUGUGGUCCUCGUCGCCGGCACGUCGGCAACAAUCUUCUUUCUCAACGCUCGCAGUCCUGAAGUUGUCAGGCGCAUGAAGAGGUUCAACGUUGGGGAGGAUUUGUCCUGGGAUCCAGCACGAGAGGCAUCGCUUGUCUUGGCCAAGCCCACGGCGUAUCGCCACUCGUUCUCCAGCAAUGCCACAACUCGGAUCGAAAGCUUGCGGAGCAUCACGCGCAAUUCCUCCAUCACCAGCGCAGCAGCAGGAGUCAUGGGACAGCGUGGUCAGGUUCACACCUUCGACUGGGAUGCCGUUAUGGAAGCCUUUGAGAUCCAGGAGCGUAAAGCCACUGUGUCGCUGUACUUCACGCACUGGCACAGGCACACGCAGUCCAGCAUGAUUGCAAAAGCGCAAGCCGAUCUGGAGGGGUCUAACAACCUGGUGCAAUUCCUCUCGUCGGCUCUUGUGACACCUGGCGGUGAGCCGUGA